AUGUCAGUUUACAAUUAUUUGAUCUUGGGUAGUAAUAAGUGUGAGGCAUCUAUAACUUCAAAGAGAACAAGAACUUCUGAAAAUGAUAAGAGAUCAGGAAAUACCAAGACCAAAAGGCAUAAUGUUGAAUCAUCAACAUUUUCUAAGAGAAUAAAAAUUAGUUUGAGUUCAUCAGAUUACUCAAAUAUUUGGAGAAACAGUCCUAUAAAUCAUGAAGGAAAUUUUAAUGAUAAAAAUACUGUAAUCAGACUUAAUGAUAACAAGGUUACCUCUAAAGGUCUUUCAAAUGCUCUUCAAAUAAUUGAAGACAUUACAUACAUUGGUGAAUAUGAAGA